AUGGAAAAUAAGGAAGCUAAGAGAAGGAUAGUGUUAGUUCCAGUUCCAGUUCCAGCACAAGGUCAUUUUGUCACCAUUAAAGAAAGCUUACCAGAGUCUGAAUACGAGAAACUUGGACCAAUCGAGUUUGGGAAAAAGCUCAACAAAACCACUGAGGCAAGCUUCAAGGACUUUAUAGCUCAGUUGUUGCUGCAACAAGGCAAUGAUAUUGCAUGUAUCAUCUACGACGAGUUCAUGUACUUCUGUGCAGCAGCAGCUAAGGAGUUCAACCUUCCCAGUGUCAUCUUCAGCGCUAAUAGUGCUACAUAUUACGCUUCCCGAUGUUUACUAAGCGAAAUCAAUGCCGAGAAGUUCUUGGACGACAUGGAAGGAAUGGGGCCACUAGAACAAGUUCUUGAUGAGGUCUGUAGGGAAGUAAUGAACAAAAGAACAGCUUUUGCUGUUAUCAUCAACACGGUGAGCUGUCUAGAGAAUUCGUCUAUGUCAUGGUUGGAACAAAACAUUGGAAUCCCGAUGUACCAUAUAGGCCCUCUUCACAUGAAACCUUCCCCAGCUAAGAGCUUUCUUGAAGAGGACGGGAGCUGCAUUGAAUGGCUGAAUAAGCAAAAACCGAGGUCAGUGAUAUACAUAAGCUGGGGAAGCAUAUUUGACAUGGGAACUAAGGAAGUUUCGGAGAUGGCUUGGGGGUUGUGUGAUAGUAACCAACUUUUUUAUGGGUCAUCCGACAUGGCUCCAAGUCAUUGCCAGAGGAAGUCAGUACGAUGGUCUCAGAAAGAGGAGGAUACAUUGUGA